CCCACCUUAAGCUUCUGCCCUUCUGCCCUUCUCUACCUGAGCUUGUCUUCCGGGGAUGAUGAGCUGGUCAGACGACCCUCUUCCCCGGCCCCAUUCCCCAUUCUCCUCCCUCCCAUUCUCUCCCCCUUCCUAGCUGCGCUCGCCCUGCUGGCCAGGAGGCGCGUACAACGCACUGACGCGAGGUUCCCUAGAUCGACAGGGCCGGAGGAACAUGAGCCCGAGAUCUGCAAUAUACGCAGGUAUUAUAGAGGCCGGCGUAUCAUCCAUUCAUGAUCGUCGACUUCUCUCCUCCUUCCUUCUUCGGUCUAUACGCCUCUCCACAUCAGCAAUCAGCUCAACUCGUUUCCUCCUGCCUGUCUGCCGCCGGAUGCCUGUCUGCCAGCACCCAUCACGCGGCCAUGCGCAGCGCAGGGGCAAACAACCGGCGUAACGUUCUAGAAGACCGGGCCUUCUGCAGCUGACUCCCCCGCGCACACAAGGACGACCAACACGAGGCCGCUUUA